GGUACCCAUCACUAAAAGCUUUUAAAGGAGGAAGCUUCAUUUUGUCAGCAUCGGAGAGAAGACAAAAACGAUAAGGAGAUACAUGAUUGAAAAUAUGAAAUAAAAAAGUAAGAUUGUUUAGUAAGGUGAGAACAGAAGGAAAGCGGUAGUGUUUUUGCAAUGCUGUUUUUCAGGCGAGGAGGCCUGGGAUACUUGCUACUGCUUCUCUUGCUUCUCUCGGUCUGGGAGACCCCGAGCAGUCAGCUCCAUUACUCGGUCCCUGAAGAGGCAAAACACGGCACCUUCGUGGGCCACAUCGCCCAGGACCUGGGGCUGGAGCUGGAGGAGCUAGUGCCGCGCCUGUUUCGGGUGGCGUCCAAGGGCCGCGGGGAUCUUCUGGAGGUAAAUCUGCAGAAUGGCAUUUUAUUUGUGAAUUCUCGGAUCGACCGGGAGGAGCUGUGCGGGCGGAGCGCGGAGUGUAGCAUCCACCUGGAGGUGAUCGUGGACAGACCGCUGCAGGUUUUCCAUGUGGAGGUGGAGGUGAAAGAUAUUAAUGAUAAUCCACCGGUUUUCAGAAGCAAAGAACAAAGGAUAUUUAUUCCUGAAAAUAGACAGUUGGAUUCUCGCUUUCCGAUAGAGGGCGCUGAUGAUGCAGACAUUGGUGCCAACGCUCUUCUAACUUAUACCCUCAGCCCCAGUGAUUACUUCUCCUUGGACAUACAGGCAAGUGAUGAACUGAGCAAAUCUCUUUCACUUGAAUUGAGGAAAUCUUUGGACAGAGAAGAAACACCAGAACUUCAUUUAUUAUUGACUGCCACUGACGGGGGUAAACCAGAACUGGAAGGUACAGUUCAGCUGCUGAUCACUGUGCUCGACGUUAAUGAUAAUGCCCCACUGUUUGAGCAAACUAUAUACAGAGUCCAUUUAUUAGAGACAACAGCAAAUGGAACAUCAGUGACCACAUUAAAUGUAUCUGACGCUGAUGAAGGUGUAAAUGGGGAAGUUGUCUUUUCUUUUGGCAGUGAUGUUUCUCCUAACAUUCAAGAAAAAUUCAAAAUUGAUUCUAUUUUAGGAGAAAUUAGAGUAAUUGGUAAUCUGGAUUAUGAAGAGACAAAAUACUAUGAAAUCCAGGUAAAGGCAGUUGAUAAAGGAAGUCCUUCCAUGUCAAAUCACUGCAAAGUUUUAGUGAAAGUGCUGGAUGUAAAUGAUAAUGCCCCAGAACUGGCAAUCACUUCAUUAUCUUUGCCCAUCCGAGAGGAUGCUCCACUUAACACGGCCAUUGCUCUGAUUAGUGUGUCAGAUCGUGACUCAGGUGCCAACGGACAGGUGACUUGCUCCCUCACACCCCAUGUCCCCUUCAAGCUAGUGUCCACUUUCAAGAAUUACUAUUCUUUGGUACUGAACGGAGCCCUGGACCGUGAGACCAUAUCUGACUAUAAACUGGUGGUGACCGCCAGGGAUGGGGGCUCACCUUCACUGUGGGCCACCUCCAGCGUGUCAGUGGAGGUGGCAGACGUGAAUGACAAUGCGCCAGUGUUCCCGCAGCCCGAAUACACAGUGUUUGUGAAGGAGAACAACCCCCCAGGCUGCCACAUCUUCACGGUGUCCGCAAGGGACGCGGAUGCUCAGGAGAACGCGCUAGUAUCCUACUCUCUGGUAGAGCGGCGGGUGGGUGAGCGUGCACUGUCGAGCUACGUGUCAGUGCACGCGGAGAGCGGCAAGGUAUAUGCGCUGCAGCCCCUGGAUCAUGAGGAGCUUGAGCUGCUGCAGUUUCAGGUGAGCGCGCACGACGCUGGUGUGCCACCCCUGGGCAGCAACGUGACGCUGCAGGUGUUCGUGCUGGAUGAGAACGACAACAUGCCAACACUCCUGGCACCUGGGGUGGGUGGCGCCGGAGGCACUGUGAAUGAACUGGUGCAUUGGUCAGUGGGCGCUGGUCAUGUAGUGACCAAGGUGCGCGCGGUGGAUGCUGACUCUGGCUAUAAUGCGUGGCUUUCUUAUGAGCUGCAACUGGUGGCAGGUAGUGAGCGCAGCCCGUUCCGCGUGGGUCUAUAUACUGGCGAGAUCAGCACAACGCGUGCCCUGGAUGAGGCAGAUUCUCCGCGCCAGCGCCUACUGGUUCUGGUGAAAGACCAUGGUGAGCCGGCACUGACUGCCACAGCCACAGUGCUCUUAUCCCUGGUAGAGAGUGGCCAGGCUCCAAAGGCCUCAUCACGGGCAUCGGUCACUACUGCUGGCCCUGGAGUGACCCUGGUGGAUGUGAAUGUGUACCUGAUCAUAGCCAUCUGUGCAGUAUCCAGCCUAUUGGUUCUCACGCUGCUGCUGUAUACUGCAUUUAGGUGCUCUGCGGCACCCACGGAGGAUGUGUGUGUGCCUGGGAAGCCUACACUGGUGUGCUCUAGCGCAGUGGGGAGCUGGUCUUACUCCCAGCAGAGACAACAAAGAUGUGCUCUGGAGAGGGCCCGCCCAAGACUGACCUCAUGGCGUUCAGCCCCAGUCUGUCCCCAGGUUUGA